CCCCGCACCGGCCCCACACCGCUGGGUUCCAGUCUCUUCCCGGGCGCGCCCCUCCCGCGAGCCCUCCCGGAAGCCCCGGCCCAGCGUCCCCCAUGGAGCGGCGGCAGAGCAUCUUGGAGGCCGGCUCUGCGGCAGCCGCGCUCUUCGCCUGGGGUGCAAAUAGCUAUGGGCAACUUGGCCUUGGCCAUAAGGAAGAUGUGCUUUUUCCCCAGCAACUGGAUGACUUCUGUAAACCUGGAUGUGUCAGGAGGAUCACAGGAGGAGGGGGCCACUCUGCUGUUGUCACAGAUGGAGGAAGUCUUUUCGUCUGUGGCCUGAACAAAGAUGGCCAACUGGGGCUUGGUCAUACAGAGGAUAUUCUGUAUUUUACCCCCUGCAAAUCCCUCCUUGGUUGUCCCAUCCAACAGGUGGCCUGUGGCUGGGAUUUUACCAUUAUUCUCACAGAAAAUGGUCAAGUUCUAUCAUGUGGAUCCAACUUCUUUGGUCAAUUAGGAGUUCCUCAUGGGAUUCCAAGAUGUGUAGUUCCUCAAGCCAUUGAGCUCCUGAGAGAGAAGGUUGUUUGUAUUGCUGCUGGACUGAGGCAUGCUUUAGCUGCCACAGGAAGUGGCAUUGUGUUCCAGUGGGGGACUGGUUUGGCAUCAUCUGGACGGCGGUUGUGUCCUGGGCAGACUCUUCCACUGUUUUUCACUGCAAAGGAACCGAACAGAGUGACAGGUCUAGAGAAUUCUAAAGCAGUGUGUGUUCUUGCUGGCUCAGAUCACUCAGGUGCAUUGACAGAUGCAGGAGAGCUGUAUGUUUGGGGAAGCAACAAGCAUGGGCAACUGGCUUCCCAGGCUGCUUUCCUUCCUCUGCCCCAGAAAAUAGAAGCACACUGUUUUCAGAAUGAAAAGGUUACUGCCGUCUGGAGUGGGUGGACACACCUGGUUGCUCAGACAGAAACUGGCAAGGUGUUUACUUGGGGCCGCGCGGACUAUGGUCAACUAGGGAGAAAGUUGGAGCCACAUGAAGUCUGGAAACCACAAAAGCAGGAUUCAUCUCUGCCUUGCUCAAGACCACAGAAGAGCAUGCCUUCACCUCUGCAUUGCUUAAUGGGAGCAACUGAGGUCUCUUGUGGCUCAGAGCAUAAUCUGGCAGUGAUUGGCGGAGCAUGCUGCUGCUGGGGCUGGAACGAGCACGGCAUGUGCGGGGACGGCGCCGGAGCCGACGUCUGGGCCCCGAGGCCUGUGCAGGCGCUGCGGUCGUUACCUGCCCUCCUCGUGGGCUGUGGGGCGGGCCACUCCCUGGCCCUCUGCCAGCUACCAGCCCCCCCCUGCACUGGCCCGUCCCCCGAUGCCCCCGAGGAUGCGGACUCGCAGGAAGCCGUGGACAAAGAGAGGAACUGGAAGGAAAGACAACCAGACCAGUCUGACAGGCCCAGAAAUGGAGGGCUUGUGACAGAAACCCUUUAA